GCCUGGUUCAGCCCAUUAGUGCACCAACAGCAAAGCCUGUUUGAUAGCAGUUGUAGGGUUUAUGGCUGGAUUUUACAGUUACCGCAGUUUCUCUUUCUCAGCUUCAAAGGAAGGAAAACGACACUAACCUCCUUCAUUUCCCAAAAAUGCUCCUAUAAUCCCUGUAAUUUCAAAGAACAGGCAAAACCCAUAACCUAUAAACCCUAAAGAUGAGAUCUUUACACUUCAUUUCUCAAAUCCACAAAACCCUAAACCUUAAAAUAACAUCUCGUUUCACUCUCACAUCCUCAAGUUUCACUCGCCGAUUCACAUCUCCCUCUCAAGAAUCAACUCCAUCUCCUCAAGAACCACCGCCAUCAACUGAUAGGGUCUCCUCAAUUGUGGAUGAACUCUCAAAAUUAACCCUUCUGGAGGUAUCUGAUUUAACUGAGGUUUUGCGUACUAAAUUGGAGAUCAAGGAAAUGCCAGUGAUGGCAGUGAUGAUGCCAGGAAUGGGGUUCAGUAUGGGAGCGGGGAUGAAGGGCGGUGGUGGUGGUGGGGCUGCAGCGGCGAAGGCGGAAGAGAAGGUGGAGAAGACAGUGUUUGAUGUGAAAUUAGAAGGGUUUGAUGCGGCAGCGAAGAUAAAAGUUAUUAAGGAAGUUAGAGGUUUUACUGAUUUGGGAUUGAAGGAAGCUAAAGAUUUAGUGGAAAAGGCACCAACUCUGCUGAAAAAAGGAGUUACUAAAGAUGAAGCUGAAAAGAUUAUUGAGAAAAUGAAGGGAGUUGGGGCUAAAGUUACAAUGGAAUAAAGAAUGUGUUUCAUAAAGUUGUCUGUUCUGCUUGUUACUUGGAGACGUGAACUUCAACAGUUUUUCAUUUUCAUGGAGAGAGAUUAAAUCAUGCAGAGUAGUUUUUAGAUCAGCAUGUUUCAAUCGCUGCUCUUAUAUUGAAUAAUUUGAAAAUGACUGAUAUCAAGUAGAUUAAGAACUUUUAUCUGGAAACUGAGACAAGUUUUUUGGGUAGAGAGGCUGGAAUGAUUCCAAGUGAGAACAGUGCCAUUGUUCAAGAGGAGCAAAAAUUGGUUCCAACAUUUAGGGAUUUUGGGGAUACAUGUAUCUUGAUAGUUGAUAACCACAAGUCGAGAAUGUUGACCAUAUACAAAUAUUGAAUCUAAUAGCACAAAAAUGUAAGUGCGAGUGUGAGACUACUUGAAGUAUCAGUUAAAACUCAAUGGACAAAAUGUCUGCAACAUGGUUAUGGCUGGCUAGCAUGCCUUAGGUUGCUCUCUGUUUUCCUAUUUUUGAAUCUUGUCUCACUUGUGUGCUUGCAUAGUGUGUGUAUGUAUAAUGCAAACGGUGAAAACCAAAAUGUGUUUAUG